CGCCGGGCGAGAGGGGCGCGGCGCGCUCCUGGCCACGGCGUCCGCAGCAUGGGGAACCGCGCGGGGCGCAGCGACUUCGAGUGGGUCUACACCGACCAGCCGCACACGCAGCGGCGCCAGGAGAUGCUCGCCAAGUACCCGGCCAUCAAGGCCCUGAUGCGGCCGGACCCGCAGAUCAAGUGGACGGUGCUGGGGAUGGUGCUGUCGCAGCUGCUGGCCUGCUGGCUGGUGCGCGGGCUCGCGUGGCGCUGGCUCCUGUUCUGGGCCUACGCGUUCGGCGGCUGCGUGAACCACUCGCUGACGCUGGCCAUCCACGACAUCUCGCACAACACCGCCUUCGGCACCGGCUGCCCCGCCUACAACCGCUGGUUCGCCAUCUUCGCCAACCUGCCCAUCGGCCUGCCCUACGCCGCCUCCUUCAAGAAGUACCACGUGGACCACCACCGCUACCUGGGCGGGGACGGGCUGGACGUGGACGUGCCCACGCGCCUCGAGGGCUGGCUCUUCUGCACGCCGGCCCGCAAGCUGCUCUGGCUGGUGCUGCAGCCCGUCCUGUACUCGCUGCGGCCGCUCUGCGUGAACCCCAAGGCCGUGACCCGCCUGGAGAUCCUCAACACCCUGGUGCAGCUGGCGGUGGACGUCGCCAUCUUUGCCCUCUGGGGGAUCAAACCCGUGGCCUACCUCCUGGCGGGCACCCUCCUGGGACUGGGCCUGCACCCCAUCUCGGGCCACUUCGUGGCUGAGCAUUACAUGUUCCUCAAGGGUCACGAGACCUACUCCUACUACGGGCCGCUGAACUGGAUCACCUUCAACGUGGGCUACCACAUGGAGCACCACGACUUCCCCAGCAUCCCGGGCUGCAACCUGCCCCUGGUGCGGAAGAUUGCGCCCGAGUACUACGACCACCUGCCGCAGCACCACUCGUGGGUGAAGGUGCUGUGGGACUUUGUGUGGGACGACUCCCUGGGGCCCUACGCCCGGGUGAAGCGCGUGUGCCGGCUGGCGGGUGACCGGCUGUGAGGCGCCGGCG